CGUCAAGGAUAUAAGUGGCAAAAGAUUAAGAAAGCGUUUCUGAUUUAUAUGCAAAUUUUCCCCAUAAAAUAUUUUUCAUUAUUUCCACCUGUUCCUCUCUAAAACCCUAGCACCUGAAAUUUGGAUACUGAGAUCCAAGCUCUCCCUCGCAAUUGAAACUCUUUCUUUUUCAUUUGAUAUCUCUAUUUGAGGUAAAACUUCGCAUAUGUGCUGGAAUGGCCAACAAUUCUCAACCUUCUAGUGCCCAGCCUCAUUGGCCUCCUGCAGUUGGAUCCUUGGGUCCUCAAAGUUAUGGCUCUUCCUUAUCUUCACAGUUUCGACCAGUGGUUCCAACACAGCAAGGACAACACUUUGUUCCAGCUGCUUCCCAACAAUUUUGGCCUGUUGGGCAGGUUGCCUCUUCAAAUGUUGGGAUGCCAGCUGCUCAAAAUCAGCAGAUGCAGUUUUCUCAGCCAAUGCAGCAGUUUCCUCCCUGGCCAAAUCAACCAGGUCUUCCUACACCUUCAGCACAGCCUAUACAAGUACCAUAUGGCCAAACAAACAGGCCUCUUACAUCUGAAUCACCACAGCCACAUCAAACUGCUCCUACUUUGAAUAGUCAUAUGCCAGGCUUAGGGGUCCCUGGAAUGCCCCCCUCUUCAUCAUAUAGUUUUGCGCCAUCUUCUUUUGGCCUGCCACAGAACAAUGUCAGCACAUCAUCCCAGUUUCACCCUCUAUCUCAAGUGCAUGCACCUGUUGCCCCAGUUGCUGGACAACCUUGGUUGUCAACUGGAAAUCAGAGUAUUUCACUUGCUACACCAAUACAGCAGACUGGCCAACAACCUCUACUUAUUUCUUCUGCUGAUAGAGCCGCCGAUGUUCCUAGCCUUACUCUGCAAUCAUCCUCUGAUUGGCAAGAGCAUACAUCUGCUGAUGGAAGAAGAUACUAUUACAACAAAAAGACAAGACAAUCUAGUUGGGAAAAGCCUCUGGAACUGAUGACGUCAAUAGAGAGAGCUGACGCUUCCACGGUUUGGAAGGAAUUUACAACUCCGGAGGGAAGAAAGUAUUAUUACAACAAGGUUACAAAGCAGUCUAAGUGGACAAUACCUGAGGAACUGAAGUUAGCUCGUGAGCAAGCUCAGGUAGCAGCUAGCCAAGGAACUCCAUCGGAUUCAAGAGUGGCUUCUCAAGCUCCAGUUGCUGAUUCUGUUUCCAUAGCUGAGACACCUACUGCAUCUAUUCCUGUGAUCUCCAACACUUUGCAGGCUUCAAGCCCAGUUUCAGUUACGCCUGUUGCUGCUGUUGCUGAUCCUUCCCCUACUGGAUCAACAGUUGUUCCUGUUUCACAAUCUGCUGCAACAAGUGCAUCAGGGGUUCAACUCCCUGCGAUGUCUGUGACUCCUUUACUUGCUGUUGCCUCCGGUGUUUCCACUAGUUCUGUUACUUCAGUCAAUGCUAACAAAACAGUCAUAAGGAGCUUCGAAAGUACAGCAUCUCAAGACAAUGUGCAUUUUGCUGAUGGAGCUUCUGCUCAGGACAUGGAGGAAGCAAAAAAGGGGAUGGCAACUGCUGGAAAAGUUAAUGUGACUCCAGUGGAAGAGAAAGUUCCAGAUGAUGAGCCUUUUGUAUAUGCAAAUAAGCUGGAGGCAAAAAACACUUUCAAAUCUCUCCUUGAAUCUGCAAAUGUGCUCUCUGAUUGGACUUGGGAGCAGGCAAUGAGAGAAAUAAUUAAUGACAAAAGGUAUGGUGCUUUGAAGACACUUGGUGAGCGGAAGCAAGCCUUUAACGAGUACUUGGGUCAAAGGAAAAAGCUAGAGGCUGAGGAAAGGCGCAUGAGACAGAAGAAAGCUCGGGAAGAAUUUACAAAGAUGCUGGAAGAGUCCACAGAACUCACAUCAUCCAUGAGAUGGAGCAAAGCUCAAAGUUUGUUUGAAGAUGAUGAGCGGUUCAAGGCUGUUGAACAAGCCAGAGACCGGGAAGAUCUUUUUGAAAACUAUAUAGUGGAUCUUGAGAGGAAGGAAAGGAAAAAUGCUGCAGAGGAAAAAAGGCGGAAUAUAGCAGAAUACAGGAAAUUUCUGGCAUCCUGUGAUUUUAUUAAGUUGCAGGCAAGCAGCCAGUGGCGGAAAGUUCAAGAUCGCUUAGAGGAUGAUGAAAGAUGCUCACGUCUUGAAAAAAUUGACCGGUUGCUCAUAUUCCAGGACUACAUUCAUUACUUAGAGAAGGAAGAAGAGGAAAAAAAGAAGACGCAAAAGGAACAAUUGAGACGUGCUGAGCGCAAAAACCGUGAUGCAUUUCGUAAGCUAAUGGAAGAACAUGUUGCCGAUGGCACUCUUAUUGCUAAAACUUACUGGCGAGAUUAUUGUUUGGAGGUGAAAGAUUUGCCUCAAUAUCUUGCUGUUGCAUCUAACACAUCUGGUUCAACACCGAAAGAUUUGUUUGAGGAUGUUGCCGAAGAAUUAGACAAACAGUAUCAUGAAGAUAAAACCUGUAUAAAAGAUGCAAUGAAGUCAGGGAAGAUUACCAUGGUUUCCACGUGGACAGUUGAAGAUUUCAAGGCUGCUAUUUCAGAAGAUGUUGGUUCCUUGCCAAUAUCCGAAAUAAACGUAAAGCUUGUGUAUGAGGAGUUACUUGAGAGAGCCAAGGAGAAGGACGAGAAAGAGGCUAAAAAACGUCAGCGUCUAGCUGAUGACUUCACUAAGCUAUUACAUACUUAUAAGGAGAUAACUGCUUCUUCUAAUUGGGAGGAUUCCAGACCACUUUUUGAAGAAAGCCAAGAAUACAGAUCAAUUGCGGAAGAGAGCUUUAGGAGAGACAUCUUUGAGGAAUACAUUGCGCACCUACAGGAGAAAUCUAAAGAAAAGGAGCGCAAACGUGAGGAGGAAAAGGCUAAAAAGGAGAAAGAGAAAGAAGAGAAAGAGAAACGGAGGGAGAAGGAGAGAAAGAAGGAAAGAGAACGUGAAAGGGAAAAAGGUAAGGAACUAACUAAAAAAGAUGAAACAGAUAGUGAGGAUCUAGAUGUAUCUGACGGCUAUGGCCAUAAGGAGGAAAAGAAAAAGGAAAAGGAAAAAGAGAGGAAACACCGCAAACGACAUCAAAGCACUGUUGAUGAUGGGAGUUCUGACAAGGAUGAUAGAGAGGAGUCCAAGAAGUCUCGUAGACAUGGUAGUGACCGUAAGAAAUCAAGAAAGCAUGCUCACUCACCUGAAUCCGACGGUGAAAGCCGGCAUAAAAAGCACAAGAGAGAUCACCGUGAUGGGUCACGAAGACACAGUGGUUACGAGCUGGAAGAUGGUGAACUUGGUGAGGAUGGUGAAAUCCAGUAGUUUCCUAUUUAACCUAUUGAUGCAAAAUUUAAAGAAACCAAUUGGGGAUUAAAUCGCUUGAGGUUCUACUACUACAUUGCCGUAUUCAUAAGCUUAAUUGUAUUUGUCUCUAGAUUUUUAGAUUAUUUAGGCUAUUUCAAAUGAAUUACUAGUAUUUCACUUACUUUCCUAGCCUUAGGGCUUGAGGGUUGUGUUUGGUAUUUGACAUUUAUAUUAAGGUUUAGAUCUUAGUUUGGCGUUUUGGGGUUUUAAUUUUAGGUUUUUUUUUUUUUUUUUGGAGCCUCAAUGAGUAUUUGUUAAAAGCCCUUCUUACCGUGUAUUUCGGAUGGAGAAUUUUAAAAUUUUGAAGAAAUUUAAAAUGAAGGUAUU